GAAAAACGUCACAUUUAAAAUAUUUUAUCAAGAUGCAGUAUAGAAUUGAUAAGUAAUUGCUAUUAUUUUAUUUAAUUACAAAAUCUAAUAUUUUUAAUACUGUGUUGCUCAAGUAAAUCAUUUUCAUAGUUUUGUAAUGUGAUAAUAUUGUAGAAAAAGUACUUUUGGAAUUGUGAUUUUUUAAGUGAAAGAUGUUUUCAAACAUAAAAGAAAAAAUUCUAGAUUUUAGCAAAUCUGUUUAUUUUCUAAGUACAGAUAGUGAUACUUCUGAACCUAACAAUUCAGAUAUUAAUCUUCAUGCCGGUUCUGAAAUAUUAACUUACUUUCGUAAGCACUGGUUUGACUUACGUCAAAUAAGCGAAGAAAAUGCAAAAAGUGCCGAAAAGGUCGCGGUAGUUAUUGAUAAAAUGCAAACUAAGGUUUCCUUAUAUCAUAAAAAUUUAACUUUUAUAAUCGACCUCUUGGUAUUAAGACCCAAUUUAAACGAUUCCGUGGAACAUUGUGUUUCCCAAAUAAGUGAUUUACAAAAUUCCUUUGAAAGUGUUGAGAAAGCAUUAAUUGGAUUAGAAGAUUUGAUUGAAAAAAACGAACUACAAAAGAAGAAAUUAGAGCAUGAAAGGCAGUUGAUGUUAUAUAAAGAACGAAAACUAGAAAAUCUUGAAAUCAAAAGGAAUGAUUUUGCCAACAAACAUGCCAAAAAAUUUAUGACAUCACAGCUUCAGCAAAAGAAAAUGUUGGAAGAAAAGCAAAAAGUUUACCAAGAAGCGUUCAUGAAAGAUUUACAAAUUGCCCGAACACAGGGCAAUGCUCAAAAUCCGUCAUCAAAACCAUCCCAACCAUCUGCCUUACUAGAAGAAAUCCAGUUGGAUCUUAACCAAGAAGAACUUGAUGCCUUUUUAGAAGAUUCUGGCAGUUCAAAUUUUCCCAAAGAUCAAUGAUUCUGAUUUAGUAAAAAUAAAACAGCCAUGAAGAAAUCUUU